UGCAGCCAGUAAGCGACAGAGGAGGGAUGUUUUGGAGGUAAAACAGUUUUUCACAGGUGCUUGUUGUUACCAGCAAACGGCCCUUUCUCGAGAAAGGGCGUUUUUCUCUCAAAACGCGAAUGAAAGAAGCCGAAGAUAAUGGAUAACAAAACAGAGAGGUCAAUUUCUGCGAGGAUCGCGAAACUGAACCUACGCUUGCAGUCGCCUUACAUUGGCUUGGAAGGCGAUGAAAUAAACAAUAAGAUGAACACAGAGGCUAUGCAAGACGCUCUAAUCGCUCUGUAUGAUGAAUGCAACAAGGAGGCACUCAAGAAAGAAGAACCAGUUGCUGAGUUUGUCGACAAAUUUGCCACUACCGUUGAAGAGUUAAAAUCAAUGCGUAUUAAAGAGGGCGACUUCACUGUUGUCGCAGUAAUUGGGAACGGUAAUUUCGGCAAGGUGGAGUUGGUCCGGGAGAAGCAGACAACCGAUUUGUAUGCCUUGAAGAAAAUUCCAAAACUUUGCUCCACUGGACAAAAAGAUGCUAACUCUUACGAAGAAGAGCGAGACAUUUUGGCUUUAGCUGCUAGACCUGGUGCAUCUGAAUGGAUUCCAUACUUGAAAUACGCCUUUCAAGAUGCUCUCCAUCUUUACAUCGUCAUGGAAUACCUUCCUGGAGGAGAUCUGAGUGGCUUGCUGGACAACUUCCAUGGAACUUUGACUGAGGAAAUGACCAAGUUCUACUUGGCAGAAACUCUAAUGGCCAUUAUCAGUCUGCACAAGAUGGGAUAUGUUCACAGGGAUAUUAAACCUGACAACAUUUUGCUUGACCGAUGCGGUCACUUGAAACUUGGUGACUUUGGCUCAGCCGCUAAAUUGAACAAGAAGGGCAAGGUUGACAGUCUCGUGCCUGUUGGAACACCUGAGUACAUAGCUCCAGAAGUUUUGCAAGCUGCCGCUGGUGAAGGUGGAAAAUAUGGCGUUGAAUGCGAUUUUUGGUCUCUUGGUGUGGUUGCUUUUGAGAUGAUCUAUGGCGUUACCCCAUUCAAGAAUGUGGACAGGACGCACAUCUACAGCAACAUCCUUGCGCAUGAGUUGGGAAGUGAGAGCCUGUCAUUCCCCUCUGAUUUCAAUGAUAGCAAGGAGUUCCGUCAGUUGGUUACUGGACUUCUUUCUCCUGCUUCAUCUCGACUGAACGCCAUGCAGAUAAAAAAGCAUGCGUUUUUCGCUGGAACUCCAUGGAAUUCAAUCAGAGAUACUGUGCCGCCUUAUAUUCCAAUAUUAUCUUGCGCAACUGAUGUGUCAAACUUCAACGCUUCUGUCGACGACUUCGAAGCACCUGUCCCUGAGUGUUUUCUAACAAAGAAAAUAUUUUCGGGGCGCCAGUUGCCUUUCAUCGGUUUCUCGCUGAAUCCCAACCAGACUCCUGUUUCUUCUGCAGCCCUAGCGUCUGCGCCUGAAGUCCUCAGCCCCCUAAAGUCAAAAUCUGAGCACCCGGACGUUGCCCGCGCCAGAGAAGUGAAAACUUUAAAGGACCUUUUGAAAACGAAGGAGCGCGCCAUUGAAGAAGCCAUGGUUGCCCGUCGAGAGGUGGAGAACAAGCUUGACCAAAUAACCAGGAAGGCUAAUGAAUACCAUAAAACUAUCUUAAAAGAGAGGAAUGAGAGGCACGAAGUGGAGAGCAAAGCGUUGGAAAUGGUCAAGAGCAUGAAAGCCAAGUGGCAAGUCACAUCGCAGCAGCAACUGUCAGCACUGAACAAGCAACUGGAGUCCGCACAAAAGGAACUUGAAAGCAGUGGCUCUAAGCUCUCAGAUGUGGAGCGUAAGUUGAAAAAUCAAGGAGAGCAGUUAAAAGCUGAACAGGAUGCUAACAGCCGUCUGCAAGCACUUCUUGAUAAACAGAAGACCAGUAUUUCUAAGGCUCGCAGAGAAACUCUCAGUUUCAUGGAUGGUGCAGAUAAAAUAUCGGAGCUGAAGAAUGAAUCUGCUCGUCUUCAGAACUCCUUAACUGAACUUGAUAACCAAAAGAAAUCAUUGGUGGAAGAUCUCCAAAUUUUGAAAGAUCAAAACGACUUAAUGGAAAAUCGUGCAAUCAAGGCUGAAAAUGAAAAGAUUAAAUUGGCUGAUAAACUGGAAGAAUACAAGCGUAAGUUGGAUGACGCUGAGAAAGCAGUUAAAGCUGAGUCAAGCAGAUAUGAAAAAGAGCUGAGGAAAUUGAAAAAUGAGUUGGACACAUCCAUAGUGGAAUUGGAAAUCUCUAAGAAUAGUUCCAGGAAAGAAAGGGCUUUGGAAAAGAAGGUUGCUGACCUUGAAAAGGAUGUAAACAAGCUUCAGGCAGAGAAGAGCAAUUUGGAGCAAAGGCUUGAGGAUGCUACCAGCAAACAUGAGGAGCAGCAGCAGAAGUUUGAGGCUCUUGAAGAGUGCAUGGCCAAAAUGGAGGAGAAAAUUGAAGGUCUGGAGGAGGAGAACGAAAAUCUGCAAUCAUGUGAAUUGAAUCAGUCAAAGCGGUUUUCUAUUGCUGCAACUGUUAGUAUAACCCCUCCUAUGGAAAAGGAAAGUAAUGCAAACACCCAGAGGGAAAUUGAUUGCUUGAAAGCGCAACUUGAGCAUGUGGAGGCACAGUUAGAAAAGUCCAGAGAAGGUGCUGUGCUUGACAGGCAAGCUUGCAGGACUGCUCAGACUGAUCUUUUCAAGAAAGAGCGGGAGCUUUCCGAUGCAAAAUUGGACCUCCGCAUUACUCAACGCGAGUUGAAAACCUCAGAAUCGCUGAACAAAACUCUCCAGGAGGAAAAGGCAGUGAUAGAAAAGACUAUGGCUGAUACUGACGAGAAACUGAAAACCACGGUCGCGGAACUGGAGAAGCUGAAAAACAAGUUGCAGUCCAAUGAAAUCACGAUUACUAAAUCAACUGCUGAAAUUGAGAAUCUGAGAAAGAAGGAAAAUGAACUGCACUCCAGUUUGAUAGAAAAGGUUCAAGAACUUUCUUCCCUGAAACAUCAACUUGGUGAUAAAACCAACCUGGCCUCUAAGCUGCAAAACUCGUUAGACAUGUUAAAAAAAGAUGCUGAAACGAAUAAGAGUAAUGCUCAGAGCGCUGGCUCCCAAGUCGCUCAGCUCCGAGCUCAAUUGGAGUCUUUAAAGGAGAAUAAUGCUGCUUUGAGAGAGAUCUGCACUGAGCAGGAGCAACAGCUGGACGACUCUGACGUGCUCAGAGCUGCUUUUGAAGUACAGAUUGAACAAGGAAAGCUCGAGAUUCAGAGGCUAAGGGGAGAAAUAGCCCAAGUGCGCAACGAUUUGAGUGCCAAAAUUAAAGAGGCCGACGAUCUACGUUCGGCCAAGAAAGUGCUUGAGGAAACUUUGGCCGAAAUCAAACAAGAGGCAGCUAUGCGGGAAUCAGAUGCUGUUGAAGACAUAAAAGAACUGAAAAACCAGAUCCUUGGAGCCCGCAAUCAGAAUGAACAACUAAUUCUACAGAUCAAUGAGUUGGAAGAAACACUGUGUGUGAGUGACAGACACACAAGGGAACAGCGUCAAGUGAUCGAUUCUCUGAAGGAAAAGAAUACAGAUCUGCAGGAAGAAAUCUCAGAAACCCUGACUGACCUUCAGGCUGCCAGGGAAGAUGCUGAAAAGAUUGCUCUCUCCUUGGAAAAAGCCAACCUGACAACUAAAGACAGAAGCAAAAGGAUUGACGAGCUUGAAGAGCAAAUGAGGAACCUGAAGAUUCGCUAUGAUGAAAAAAUAAUGAAAAUGGAGGCUCAGCUUGCUCAGCAAAACAAGCUUAUAGUGUACUUGCAAUCAAAGAGCGAGGCGGGCAAAAAGAAAAGGACUCUAGCAGACAAAAUAUUUGGAAUCCAUCCCAAAGAAAAUGUUGCUCCUUCUCCAUACGUGUCUAAGAAUUUUGCUACACCAAUGAGUGCCAAAGAAAAAGCCAGGACUUGGGAUUGUCGGCCAACCCCUACUCCCACAAGACAAGUCAUUAAUGAGGCUGCAUUGGCAACACCAGCAACUCCAGCACAAGUGGCACCGAAAAAAGUCGAUUUUCAAGUGAAAAAGCCUCUCUUCCCCUCCAAAAACUGUCCCAUCAUUAUGGAGCAACGCACCCUACCUGAAUACUGCCGCAUCACAAUCAACUGUGCAGUCUCCCUUGCUGAACAGGUUACUUUAUUGGGAACAGAGGAAGGACUGUACAGCCUCCAUGCCAAGGCUGCUGGAACUCAAUUGGUCCACAUUUCUGGCAUUAAUAGAGUAAAGAGCAUCACGCUUGUCCCUCACCUGGGUAUUGCACUAUUUAUAUCAGGUUCCCCAUCAAACCUGCAUCAGUGUGAAUUAAGAGCUCUUACUGUGGCCGCUGAGGCUGCUCAGUGCUCCAAACCAUCAAUCUCGCCCAAACCUUUGGAGCAUGUGCCAGAUCAGUGUCACUUUUGCGUCGUCUCUCAACCUUUGGCCAUCAAGGGAGACACGGAAAUGACCUUCCUCUGCGUUGCAAAUAAGACACACACAAGCUUCCUGAAAUGGAACUCUGGCUCCACUCAAUUCGAACCAAUUCGCCUUCUGGCCACAGCUUUCCCGACCUCCAGUGCUCUGUUCACCCCUCAGUCAUUGCUCCUUGUUUGUGAUGAUAUCUUUGAAGUUGAUUUGCAAGACUUUUCUGUAGAGGAAUUUUUGGACAUAUCAGACAUUUCUCUCUCCUCAGUGAGAGUGUCACUGAAAAACAGCAAAACAGGGCCUGUGAAGCUGAUCGACGUGACAAGGAGAAGUGGCAAGGCAGAGCCAGAAUUCAUGCUGUGCCUUCCUGACAUGGCCAUAUUCCUCGACUCGUUCGGCCAUAGAUCUCGACCUGGUGACUUCAAGUGGGCUCACAAGCCUCUUGCCUUUGUGUACAGUGCACCCAGUCUCUUUGUGCAGUUCAAGUCUGCUUUGUAUGAAGUGAAACCCAAUGCAGAUAAACUUUGCAUGAAAGAUGAAGACGCCACAAGUCUCUUGAGUGUGGAUGAGGGAUCCUUGGCUCUGACUUCUCCAAAGCUAUUGGGCGCUGGCACAAAGCCUGGAGUGACUAUUGCAACUGCCCAGCAGUCAACAGGAGCGACAACAGUUAUGAGGAUCAGCUGUCAGGGAGCCGAAGAUUUGUCACUUACAUCUGACAAUGAUAUGCCAGCUGAUGAAUUUAGCUUCACCUCUUCAUUAGAAGAAUCCUUAGAAACUGAAGAACCUUGAUGAGUUCUAUUUUAACUGUUUAAGGUGAUUUGGAUUUUAAAAACAUACAAUUCCUAUUUUAUGGUAUUAAAUUUUGAUCUUGCCAACUGUCCUUCUCGUUCAAAUAGUAACAACGUCUGCUAGACAUAUUUUACUGUGAGCACUGCACUUAGCUUUUAAGCAUUGAAUAAAACACAAAAUUGCGUAA